AUGGCCAGGUACCUCGUGGUGGCCGGAGUGGCGGCCGCGUGCUACGCCAACGCUCUCUACGGCGAGUUCGUACACGACGAUGUGGUCGCCGUGGUUCGGAACCCAGACGUGCUCGGGACACAACCGCUGCUGUCCCUGCUCGGUGAUGACUUCUGGGGAACACCACUCGCAGAUCCGAGGAGCCACAAGAGUUACCGGCCUCUGACGACGCUCACCUUCAGGUUGAACCACUGGGCAGGAGGGCUACAGCCAGUCUGGUUUCACGCAGUCAACAUAUUACUACACGCGGUUUCUUGCGCACUACUAACAAGGGUGGCGCUCGUAGUAGCCGGACUCGACGCUAGGUUCGCCACCGUCGCUGGUCUUUUGUUCGCCGUCCACCCCGUGCAUACAGAGGCGGUAGCAGGUGUAGUUGGCCGAGCUGAUGUACUUGCCUGCCUUCUUUUCCUUCUCUCCUUCAUCAUAUACCAUGAUGAGGGGUGGAGAUGGAAAAGCAGUGUUUUAUGGAGCUGUGUAGUCGCGGGUCUUUCUAUGCUAGCCAAGGAGACUGGAGUUACUGUGCUAUUGGUCAAUUUAGGCUAUGACUUCUACCACUGCUGGCCUCAUCUUAAGAGAGCUCUGUCAGAAGCCCAUUGGAACAAGGAAAGCCUUUCAUUUGCAAGGAGAACUGUCAAAAUUUUGCUUACCACUAGCAUGUUGCUGGCGUUUCGUAUUGCCAUGCUGCAAGGAUCUUUGCCCAAGUUUUCUAGUCAGGACAACCCAACCGCUUUCCAUCCCUGCUUACAUGUUCGGUUAUUGACGUUCUGGUACCUAGCUGCCUUCAACUGGUGGUUACUGUUGUGUCCCUCCAUUCUCAGUCAUGACUGGCAGAUGGGUUCUAUACCUCUAGUGACAUCACUGGCUGACUGUCGCAACCUUACAACUGGUUUGCUUCUAACCUUCUGCCUUUUGCUGGCUUAUCGACUCAUCGCUGAGUUUGAGCACCAGCGGUCUGCUCCUCUAGUCCUGGGUGUGCUGCUUCUAGCCAUACCUUUCCUGCCUGCCGCAAAUAUAUUCUUCACUGUCGGCUUUGUAGUGGCUGAGAGGGUGCUUUACAUCCCUAGUCUAGGUGCUGCUCUGUUGGUUGCCUACGGAGCUCAGACAUUACACCAAGCGUCGUCUCCGAGGGGAAGAAAUGUUGUAUUCAUCAUUCUGCUGCUACUGGGAGCCACAUUUACAUACAGAACAGUCGAUAGAAACAGAGCGUGGUCUUCCAGGGAGGCGCUUAUAAAGUCAGGAAUUAAGGCUCUGCCACAAAAUGCCAAAAUGCAUUAUAAUUUGGCGAAUUAUCUUCGAGACAAUAACAGUCUGGACAAAGCCAUCACUCACUACAAAGAGGCUAUAAGAUUAUGGCCCGGGUACGCCAGCGCACACAACAAUCUGGGGACCCUAAUGAGCUCCCCUAGUGAGGCUGAAGGCCACUUCAAGUCUGCCAUAACUAUCUCUCCCUCCCACGUCAACGCACACUACAACCUAGGCCAAGUGUACAGGAAGAUGAAUCGUACAGCCGAGGCUGUGAAGAUGCUGGAAGCAUGUCUUCGGUUGGACACCUCCUACAGUCCUGCCUACCUGGUGUUAGCCAAGCUUCAUUCUCCGCCAAUAGCAGCCAAGCUGCUGUACCACGUGACCCGCCUUCUGCCGAACUCACCUGACUACCAAGCCUACUACGCGGACUGGCUUUUCCAUCAUGGUAUGAUUCUUCAAGCUGAGCAGUUCUACCUGAAGGCUCUAAGAUUACAACACAACCACUUAGAUUCCUUCUUGGGAACCGCGAGGUGUCUUCGAGCUCGAGGACAGAUAGCCAGGCUUCACCAGCUGUUGAUAAGAUGGUACCUGCUGCAGAGAGGACGGGGAGGCCUUGGACGUCUAGUUUAUGCAGCCGAGUUGUAUGUUAGAGGGUGGGACAUGUACAGACCAGGACAAUCUACCAACACAGCAACUCAUCUACCAUCUCAGGAGUGCGUGGAAAGCAAGAGGACAAAGCAGAGAUGGUGGAGAGGCCAAGGCACUUUGAACCACACACCUUCAGUAUGCAGUAAAGCUCUCACAUCCCCAAUGGACAAGGAGAGUUCUCCAUUGGACCCAGCAGCCGCUAGACUUUGCGUGGAUAAAGCCGAACCAGAUAGGUAGUUUGUAAAACAACUUUAAAAUAGAAAAAACAAAAUAAAAGUUACAGGGUACAUAAAUUCAAGCAAUUCUGAUGAAACAAUAAAGUAAAAUAACUAUGGUACCAAUUUAGCUUUGUAAAUUUCUAAGAGUAUAAUGUAUUUUACUAUAGUAUUCGCAAAUUUAAUUAUUGGAAACUAGAAUCGGUCAGUUAAGAAUGUACUGUUUUUAUUUACAUGAUAUGAUUUUGUAUGUAUAAUUGAACAUUUUUAACAUUUAAUUAAUAAAAUAUGUAAUUCAAAUUUAAAUUGUAAAUUUAGCUGUAUUAUCUUUGUAGCGAAGGACUAUGUUGACCUAAUUAUCAAUACAUGUAUCGCAUCCACAGCAUUUAAAUUACGGUUUGGUUUUGAAUUUUAUUUUAAAUUCUAACUUGAAAUUGUACAGGUUUAUGUACUAUUUAUUUAUAAAUAUUUUAUAACUCCCAUCAUAAUGUAUACAAUAA